GCGGAAGUGGGGCAGACGACGUCUGCCCGGAAGCAGUGCUGCCCUGUGCCGCGAUGGCGGACCCAACGUGGCUCGGCGACGACAAUGGGGACGGCGAUAGCAGCAGCACGGAGGAGAUGGAGGAGGGCGGCGAGCCGGAGGCGCCCGCGCGGCGCGUGUAUGUGCCGGGCCGCGCGCCACCGCCAGGGCAGGGCGAGGAGCUAGUCAUGGACGAAGAGGCCUAUGUGCUCUACCAGCGCGCGGGCACCGGUGCCCCUUGCCUGAGCUUCGACGUGGUGCGGGACACGCUGGGCGAGGAGCGUGAGUGCUUCCCCCUGUCCCUACUGCUCUGUGCCGGCACGCAGGCUGAGACCGCCCAGGCCAACAGGCUGCUGGUGAUGAAGAUGCAUAACCUUCAUGGCACACGGAAGGUGGUCUCUGAGUCUGAAAGCAGCGAGAGUGAAGAGGAGGAGGAGGAGGAUAAGAAACCCCAGCUGGAGCUGGCUAUGGUCCCCCACUAUGGAGGCAUCAACCGUGUCAGGGUGACCUCACUGGGCAGCACUCACAUAGCAGCUGUGUGGUCCGAGAAGGGUCAAGUGGAGAUCUAUGACCUGCGGUGUCCCCUUGCGGCCCUGUCCAACCCACAGGCGAUGGUCACUUUUCUGCGGGAGGAGCAGGCGAAAAUCAAGCCUCUCUUCUCCUUCGCAGGACAUAUGACCGAAGGGUUUGCUCUGGACUGGUCUCCUAAAGUGGCAGGCCGUCUCCUCACAGGCGAUUGCAACAAGAACAUUCACUUAUGGACGCCCAAGGAAGGUGGGACAUGGCAUGUGGACCAGCGCCCUUUCACUGCACACACAGCCUCUGUAGAAGACCUGCAGUGGUCACCCACUGAAGCCACAGUGUUUGCCUCAUGUUCGGCCGAUGCCUCAGUGCGAAUCUGGGAUGUGCGGGCAGCACCGAGCCAGGCCUGCAUGCUGACAGCCAGCCAGGCCCAUGACAGUGACGUCAAUGUGAUCAGCUGGAACCGCCACGAGCCUUUCAUUGUCAGUGGUGGCGAUGAUGGCACCAUCCACAUUUGGGACCUGCGCCAGUUCCAGAAAGGCACCAGCGUGGCCACAUUCAAGCAGCACACAGCACCUAUCACCUCGGUGGAGUGGCAUCCCACGGACAGUGGGGUGCUGGCAGCUGCAGGGGCUGACAACCAGGUGACACAGUGGGACCUGGCUGUGGAGCGGGACCAAGAGGCUGAGGGGGAGAGUGACGACCCAGCCUUGGCAUUCAUCCCCCCGCAGCUGCUAUUCGUGCACCAGGGCGAGACCGACAUCAAGGAACUGCACUGGCACCCGCAGUGCCCCGGUGUCCUCAUCACCACUGCCCUAUCUGGCUUCAACAUCUUUCGCACCAUCAGUGUGUGACCCUGGGGAGGGGCAGCCCCACACAGCCUUGGGACUGGGCUGCUACAGCCAGGGAAUGGUCAAGUGCCACUCUAUCAGCACCACGUUACCUUCUCUCCUUCCCAGGACUGUUUUGGCUGCCAUUGCACAGGGUACCUGCACAUUCUCUCUUCAACCAGCAUCCAUGCUAUGCAUCCUCCUUCCCUUCCACCUUGCACAUAACUGAACACCCCUUCUCCAUGCAAUGGUAGAAGCCUGUGACUGGGAGACACUAUUUGGGAAAUCAGUGUUGGGUCCCCCCCAACCCCACUGCCUUUUCUGUUGGUGCUGCUGGUAGAUACUAUUACACAGAAGGUGGGGGGGUCUGUUUUUAUAGUAGGUAUAUAACACCCUUCUUGUCUCUUUCAGGUGCCAGUUGCUACCAUUAUUCAGAAUGGAGUUGGGGUGGGAGGGGCACGCAUAACCACAUAUACUGUCUGGAAAGAAGGGGUGGAGGGGGCUGUCUGGAGAGUCAGUGGCAGUUAGGAGAGAAGUAUCUGUUCCCCACUCCCUCCUCUCUGCAGAUGAAGUAGCCAUGGAUUGUACAAAGUAGCAUCAGUAGUGUCUCUCCUCCCCCAUGGGCAGUGGUUACUACCAUUGUGUACAAUAAGGGGAUCAGCAAAACUGUCUUAUUCCACCCCCCUUGCUUAAGGAUUGUGCCAGCUUCCACAGCACUGAAUGGGGGAAAUCUACUAGCCCAGCUGGGAGUGGAAACUUGCAUUCAGCAUUAGGGCUUCUGUGUGGAACAGAAGCUGGGCUGCACCUUGUCCUGAAGAGCUGUGGCCUCAGGGUGAUGCUGACCAGUAGUUUACCAACCAUAUGUUGCACAUGGGUCAUUCAGAAUGUGUGUGUGGGGGGGGGGGAAGCAGCAGUGCAAGUUUUGAGUUCCCUUCUUUAUAUUGUGACGUGGAUCCUUCCAGACCUGGUUGCCACCGCUCAUAUGGGGGUGGGGACAAAACCACCCUCUGGUUUCAGUUUUCCCAUUUAAAGAGGGAACACAAUUUUAUUCAAAUUCCACCCCCACAGUAGUUGGGUUGCUCCAGAGCUGGUGAGAACAGGCACUACCACCUGCAGAGUGGGGGUGGGGAAGGUAUCCUCUUCCUGGCACUCCCUUGUUGUCUUUCCCCAAGGAAGGAAGUUGGUUUCGUCCAACUCCCUUCUUGGGUGCUACCAUUUGGCACUCCCUUGGAUGGAGUGGGGGACUGACUCCCUUGAAUGAUAGGAAAGGCCCUGCCCAAUGCCCAUAGGGGGCAUGGGCCCUAGGGCAAGACACUGGCUACAUGAAUGCUAGCGAGGGGGCUGUGGCACAAGGGUAAGGACUGAACCUGCCUGGCCCCUGGGGCAGAGGGGUGCAGACAGCCUGGCUUCAGCAUGGUGGGAAGAGCUGUGCAUGGCCCUGCAAGGAACCUUUGGAAGCCAGGCCUGUCCCACUACCCACUCCC